AUGGUCUCCCCAGAACGAAGCGCACCCCAGCAGCCUCCAACCUUCACGGCCACACCGGUCUCCAUCAUUCAAGAUGCCAAAUAUCUAAUCGAGCGUGCCCGCGAGGGCCAAAACCUGAUCAAAAGGAACGUGCAGUUCAACACCGCAACAUUCACCAACGUCAUUCUACCCCUUGCUCACAUUGACAACGCCCUGGCUUCCAAGUCCCAUAUCCUUGUUUUUUAUAAAGCCGUAUCGGCAAACCACGAACUGCGUAAUGCCUCUAUCGAGGCCCGCAAUCUGCUGGAUAGCUAUAAUGUGGAGACGAUGAUGGAUGACGGUUUGUUUGCGCUGGUUGACGCUGUCAUCCACAAAAAUGAGAAUCUGGAUUUAGAAUCCUAUCGCUUGUUGAAAAAGAUAUAUAUAGGUUAUAUUCGGCAUGGGUUGAGGUUGUCGGCUGGUUACCAGAGGGAUCGGUUUCGGGAGAUUCAGUCGCGGCUUAGUUGGAUUAAGGCUGAGUUUCAGAAAAACUUAGCUGAGGCGAAUAGUGCGGCGGGUAUCUGGUUUACGGCUGCGGAGUUGGAUGGGCUACCGGGUGGAUUUCUAUCUACGUUAAAGAGAGGCAAAGCGGGAAUGGUUAAUGAGGAUAAGUUCCAAGUGACGUUUAAUGACGCAGACUUCUUUCAAACGCUUAGAUAUGCGAGGGACAGUGAGACGAGGAGACGCAUUUAUAUCGCCAACGAGAAUAAAUGUGGACAAAAUGUGUCACUGUUCAGGGAGGCUAUACUGCUUCGUGAUGAAGCAGCUCGUCUGCUUGGUUAUCCCAGUCAUGCUGCUUUGCGGAUCGAAGAUAAGAUGGCGAAGUGUCCAAAGACUGUGAAUUCUUUUCUUAGCAAUUUACAUGCUCAAUUGAGAAAUGAUGGACGGAAGGAAGUCCAGAAGCUUAAGCAGCUCAAGAAGGCCGACCUUGAAUCCCGGGGAGAACCAUUCGAUGGCCGGUACUUUCUGUGGGAUCAUCAAUACUAUCAUCGAAUGAUGUUGGAGACGCAGUACUCGGUACACCAACAGAGGAUUGCAGAAUAUUUCCCUCUUCAAAGCACAGUCACGGGUAUGCUGAGCAUCUGUGAAACUUUAUUUGGUCUUGUUUUCAGUGAGUUGAGCAGAGAAGGGAGAGCCAAGCCAGCUAGUCCUAGAAAUGCACUUGUCUGGCAUGAAGACGUACAAGUCUUUCGUGUCUGGAACAGCGACGAGGAUGGUGGCUUCGUCGGGUAUCUUUAUAUGGAUCUUUACCUUCGGGAGGGUAAAUAUGCGAAUGCAGCAAAUUUCAAUUUGAUACCCGGCUACAUCCAAGAAAACGGCACACGACGAUAUCCUGCCACAGCAUUGGUGUGCAACUUCUCCAAGCCUAGUUCGGAAAACCCCUCUCUUUUAAAACACGACGAGGUUAUCACUUUGUUUCAUGAACUAGGACAUGGAAUCCAUGAUCUUGUGUCGAAAACGAUUUACUCGCAUUUCCACGGUACAGAGACAGAAGUAGACUUUGGCGAAGCCCCUAGCCAGAUGCUGGAGAACUGGUGCUGGACUCCAUCAGUACUGCGGUCACUAAGCAGGCACUACUCAUAUCUUUCCUCGGAGUAUUUUGACCACUGGAAAGAACAAGCAGAUGGGGUACCUCGGCCUCACGAGCAAAUGCCUGACGCGAUGAUCGGGAGUCUUCUCCGUGCCAAACACGUAAACGGUGCACUGUUCCAUCUGCGUCAGUUGCAUUUUGCUAUGUUUGACAUGGUAGUCCACGAGCCUGAUGACCAACACACAAUCGAGGGAUUAGACAUUUCGGCGAAAUACAAUGACCUCUUGGCUAAGAUUUUACCAAUGGACGUCCCCUCGGGUGACAACUGGGGCCAUGGUCAAACACGUUUUCAACACUUGCUAGGGGAGUAUGAUGCAGGGUACUACAGUUAUCUAUUCUCGAAGGUCUAUUCUGCAGAUAUGUUCUAUACCGUGUUCAAAAGCGAUCCUAUGAACUGUUUAAAGGGCCGGAGAUACCGAUAUACUGUUCUUGAGAAGGGAGGAAGCCUGGAUGGGAUGAAGAUUAUAACCAAUUUCUUGAGGCGUCAACCCCGGACAGAUGCCUUUUACAAGGAGCUUUGUCAAGGUUGA